UAGUACUAAUUAACACUAAUGAAUUUUAAGAUAAUUUUUACAUCGAUCGAUAGGUAUGACUCAGCUCAACCUACCUGUGAAAUAUCCCUUUUUUUUGGUGAAAAAAUAGCUGCAGAGCUUCAAGAAUUCUGAGAAAAUUUUUUAUCCUGAUCAUAAUUACCCUAGGCUGCUCUACUAGAUCCACAUUUUGCUUAUCGUAUCACUGUAAAUGAUUGAUAAUCUUUUAAACAGAAGAGAAUUUUGUUCUACUGUUAUAAUUAUUUUCAAAAUCAAGAACACCAUUGAAUGUGUUCUUUGAAAUAUGUUUAUACUUUACAUUUAUCCUAUUGAUUCACUUAGUUGAACCUGGUGGUAAUGGAUGGACAGAGGAUGAAAUUCAGGAACAUUAUGAUGAAUUUUAUGAAGAAGUGUUUUGUGAAAUUGAAGAUAAAUAUGGCGAAAUUGAAGAAAUGAAUAUAUGUGACAAUUUAGGUGAACAUCUAGUCGGCAAUAUUUAUGUUAAAUUUCGUUAUGAAAAAGACGCUGAAAGAGCUGUUAAGGAUUUAAAUAAUCGAUGGUUUUCAGAAAAACCUAUUUAUGCUGAAUUAUCACCAGUUACAGAUUUUAAAGAAGCUAGUUGUCGACAGUAUGAACUGGGAGAAUGUCAUCGAUCUGGAUUUUGUAAUUUUAUGCAUAUCAAACAGAUUAGUCCUGAUUUAAAGAAACGAUUACGUGAUAGAAGAUCACGACGUUCAUCAAGAUCAAGAAGUCGCUCACGAGAACGUCGUAAUGCUAAUGCCAAUAAUGGUAACAACAAUAUGAAUAAUAACAGACGACGAUAA